ACGUAUUGAUGAUGACCGAGGUAAAGCAUAUGAACUGGGACAAUCCUGUGUCAAGUGUAUGCGAGGCAUUCUCAUGUGCUGGAUGCGGCAGAGUGAAAAAGUAGAGAGGUUUAAGCAGGGUCAACAGCCAAAAUAUGCCCUUCAUGCUAAAUUUAACCUUCUAACAGGAGAGGAAGUCAUAUCCACUCGUGAUUAUGGUCAUCUGCAGAUUGAUAUUGUUUCCCUGUACCUGAUUUUCCUGGUGCAGAUGAUUAAUUCAGGUCUACAGAUUAUAUACACCAUGGAUGAAGUCACUUUUGUCCAAAAUUUGGUGUACUAUGUUGAGAGAGCUUACCGUACACCUGAUUUUGGCAUGUGGGAAAGAGGAAGCAAAUACAACAAUGGAACACCUGAACUUCAUGCCAGUUCCAUUGGUAUGGCAAAAGCUGCAUUGGAGGCCAUCAAUGGAUGCAAUCUCUUUGGGGAGAAAGGUGCAUCUUGGUCCGUCAUCUUUGUUGACAUUGAUGCACAUAACCGCAACCGCAGCAUCUUUGAAACACUGUUACCAAAAGAAUCCAGUUCUAAGAGUGUUGAUUCUAGUCUUCUUUGCACUAUAUCAUUUCCUGCUUUUGCUACCCAUGAUCAGAUGUUAUAUACUACUACCAGAAGUCAGAUACUUAAUACUCUCCAAGGUGCUUAUGGCUUCAAAAGGUUCCAGCGUGAUGGGUACGGCACAGUUGUAGAAGAUAAGGAAAGGAGGUACUACCAUGCCUCAGAAACAAAGGAAUUUGAAAAUAUUGAGUGUGAGUGGCCUCUCUUCUACUUGUUCAUGAUCCUUGAAGGCAUGUUUAAAGACUGCCAAGAGCAAGUGGAGCAAUAUAAGGCAAAACUGAGUCCAUUGCUCAAGAAAGAUAGAUGGGGAGAUGCUGUAGUGCCAAAGUACUACUUCAUACAUAAGAACCAUGUAAAUGCAGAAAGACGUGAUCCAGGAUCUCAGCCUCGGCAACCCAGCUCAGAGGGCACUCCUAGGAACCUCUUCCUGUGGGGUCAGAGUGUUUGGAUAAUAGCCUCUUUGUUGAUGGAUAAACUCCUGCACAUCAAUGAACUAGACUUAAUCCGACGCUAUUUGCCUUCUUAUAACCGUCCUCGUAAAGGCGGGCGCUAUUCAGCAUUCCAGAGCAAGACCAGCAAAGGGACAGCAAGUGAUUUGGUGGUACAAGUCGUCUUGAUUGCUGAGAGCAUGCGUUUGCAAGCGAUGAUGGCAACAUACGGCAUCCAGACUCAGACACCUCACGAAGUAGAACCCGUCCAGAUAUGGCCACCACGUGAUCUAGUCAAAGUAUAUCAAAAUCUUGGUGUAAGUGAAAAGAUUGGAGUCCAUGGCAGACCACUACGUCCUAUUGGUGCCUUGGGAACCAGCAAGAUUUACCGCAUAUGUGGCCAGACAGUGUUGUGCUACCCAUUGGUGUUUGAAGUACAGGACUUCUACCUUUCUCAUGACAUGGCUCUCCUUAUAGAUGACAUAAAAACAGAGCUUCAUUUUGUUGGAAAGUACUGGAGACUCUCUGGCAGGCCUACUGUCUGUAUCCUCAUAAGGGAGGAACAUAUGAGAGAUGUGCAUUUCCGAGAGUUGUUAGAUCUGUUGGCCCAGUUGAAAACAGGUUACUGUGAUGGACUGAAAAUUCGAACUGGCAGGCUUCAGAAUCUCAUUGCAUCUUCUUGUAUUGAGCAUCUGGACUUCUUAAGCACAUUGGACAUCGACUUGGAUAUCACUCCAUUUGAGCAACUACAACAUGCCAGCAUUGGAUAUCAGUCUCUUACAGAUGUUCCAACAGCAAUAAAGUAUUCAGAGGAUUCUAUGAGCUUUAAGGAUAUGGCAUCGCAACCCACUGAGGAAGUAAUAAAGGUUCUCAGGUCAGUGUCUACACUUCAUGGACAAACUCAACUCCUAGGAAUUUUGCUACGCAGAGAAGGUGAAACUUACCCAGUAGAUGGUGUCUCAGUGUCAGAGAGACUGGAGAAGCUGCUGCAGGAGGUCAGCGAGUGCCACUUCUGGGAGGCCAUGCGUCUCGCUGCAGCCACCCUUGAGAAACUCUACCCGUCUGUGACACACAUCACAACCAUUCUUGUGCAGGGUUGCCAGCUGACAGUUGGCUAUGGUGAAGCUGAGGUUAUCCUGGAUAAACCUGUCCAGCCGGGAGAAAUCCAUGAUCUGUUCUACACUCCAGCUCUGCAAGCACACAAUGUAGUUCAGGCAGUGCUUCAACAAGAAGUUGUCUUGUAUUGCGGUAAGCUGAUAGCAACACAUCCUCAGCUUUUCCUUGGUAUUCUCAACAUUAGAGUUGGAUGGGUGAUCAAGGCAAUGCAGUAUUACUUACAUGAAGUCCUAGGAUCAAAAGACGUUGUUGAAGCUCUUGCUCCAAAUGAAGUUAGACGCCUUGUUGUCAAGGUCCUUUCUCUUGAUGACUGGGCACUUAAAGAAAAAUUAACUCCACAGCAAGUCAGGGUUAUUGAUGGAUGCCUUGGUAGAACUCCUAAGAAAUUUUAUGAAAAGGUGUGGCACAUCCUUGUCAAAACUCCUGGAGGUGUUCAUCUUACUGAUCACACACUGCCUCAGCAGCCCACGCUCACAGAGAUGUCUCACAGUGAUCUCAACUUUGCCCUCGCUGUUCAGUCUCUUCUGAAUCGCAUUCAACACCCAGAAUACCGACAGAUUGUUGUGGAGCUUAUCUCUGUCAUUGCCACAAUUCUGGAGAGGAAUCCUGAGCUCAAGUUCACACAUGCAGUGGAUUUGGACCAGAUAGUUAGAGAUGCUUUCAAGAUGUACAUGAAGGAUCUUGGCAAGGAAGUGACAGAGGACAUUUCUUAUCUUUACACUGUAUCUGAAAUGGGAAUGAAGAGCUACCUUGCACGUGCUGUAGUGAACUUCAUGCUGAAAGGAGAUAUAAAAACUAAUGCUGAAGAAGGUCAGACCUUCUGUCAGGUAUCUUAG